UGAUAGCUCAAGAAGAUGCCUGACAGGAUGUCCUAUGACAAGUUGAAGAUUCUCUUUAUCAACAUCAUUGCCAUAUUGUAUAAGGCAACUGCAUUGAAUGUGCAUCGUUUACACUCGGAUUUGCGUGAGGUCAAAGUGGUGGUCGAUACAUGCAACCAGGAGAUUUGGACACCACAACUAUUCAUAUUUCUUAUCUCGGGAUUGCUGCUAAUGCGAUUUAUCAUGUGCUUUAUGGGUCUCGCCUCGAAUAUUGUUGCAAUCUAUCCAAUGCUGACCAACUCGCAACCUGAGCUGUUAAUGCCCUCCAUUAUUGUGCAGAUCCUUGACAAUGUUGCGUUGAACAUAUAUGAGAUUGUGCUGGGUUAUGCUUGUCUCAAGUAUCUACAUCCCGAUAGCUUUGCUGUCUUUGUCGUAUUCCUCAUCAAGAUGAUUAUCAAGACCAUCUGCUGUGUCUCGGCGCUCAACAUCUACGCUGAGAAGCAUCAUCAGCUGACCUCACAUACAGACUACACAGAUACUGCAGGUCAACUGGACAGCGACUUUAGUGAUGAAUUUAUAAUUGGCCAACAACAUUUUCGAUCAAUGGGAAAUUAAUAUAGACUGCAAGUAAAUUGUAAGUGAAUAGAAAAGAAUUUGACUCUUA